UUGAAAGGGCUGCAUCUGAGUGUGUGUGUACUAGUACUUGACUGCAACAGACAUCGCCAUUCAAAGCUCUGCUGUAUUUCGACUCCGUAUUAGGUUUUCCUCCACCCACUGUUUGCAUACAUACCUCGACACUGGAAAGGUCCGCAUUCACUCUGCUUAACCGGCACAGCAAACUUCUCGGAACGACCGGCGAUUCACAUAUCCCCAGAGCUGAUCCGCUCGGAGCAUCUGUUCAAAAAGAUAUCGAUUAUCCCAUACACAAUCACCAUGGCGGACUCCAGCUACCUCGAUUCAACGUUGUGGCGCUACACAGCAUUUCCCAACCUUCACCAUAUCGUGGAUCGCACACAUCUGACCGGUCUCUCGGAGUGCAGCUUUGAGCUGCCGGCAUCCGUCGUCGUAACAAGGGAGACCGUGAUACUGGCGUGGGCGAUCUUACUGCGUGGAUACACACGAUCAGAUAAUGUCGUGUUCGGGCUCGACGAUGGCGGUGUGGUGGGCGUAGACUUCGACAAAGAUAGAGUGGAAGAGUACGCCAACGGAGAGCAUGCCGAAAGCAGAGGAGAAAAAAUGACGGAGAUAUGUUUCACCUCGGAUAAGACACCGCCGAGACCCAUUCAACUGUUCCUACAGGUGGAUAUUGAAGGCAAAAAAGCGUAUCUAGCCGCAAGCGAGGACGCGGUCCCUCAGAAACACCUCCGGAACAUCGUGAGCCAAUUCUAUCACAUAGUAACCUGCGUCCCAACGGGACCUAAUCAGCGAGUACCGCCAUUUCCUACGGAGCCCAUCCAAGUUCCGUAUGUGAACUGUGGGGUUUCUCCAGACGACUGUCCGCCGUUGUCGGCCCUAAACACCCAUCCCGUCCAACUCGACGGUCCCAGCUUGUUGCAUGACUUGAUACAGCACGAGCAUUGUGGACUAGAUGGGGGCAACGCGAUCGAGUUUCUUAACGCGGAUGGGACGAAGACGAAGUUGUCGUAUGAGCGGCUUCAUUCUCUAUCGGAUGGGCUCGCACGAAGGAUAGCUGAUGUCCUCGAGAGAUCAACCGGGCGAAAGACAGUGCCGGUAUUACUGCCACAAUCACCAGAGCUCUAUGUAGCGCUCCUCGCGAUAUUGAAAGCUGGUGCAGCAUUCGUGCCGCUGCAUCUGGAUGCGCCGGAAGAGAGAAUACGAUUCGUGGUCGGCGACGUUGGAGCGGGUGCCAUUAUUACGACCGCGGACUUGGGCGGGAUGUUUGACGGGCCGGGGAUGCCUGAGUUGAUCAUCACGGACGAUGGCUCGCUGGAAUCUUCCAACGAAAAUGUCCCGGUUUUCUCACCGGCGACGGUAUCUCCCACAGACGCGGCAUAUAUCAUGUACACUUCCGGCUCGACUGGCAAACCCAAAGGCGUCACGAUAUCACACGCCGCCGCUUCCCAAAGCCUUCUCGCGCACGAUCGCCAUAUCCCACCCUUCCAGCGCUUCCUCCAGUUCGCAGCCCCAACCUUCGAUGUCUCAGUAUUCGAUACCUUCUUUCCAUUGUUCCGCGGCUGCACUCUUAUCGGCUGCGAUCGUGCCCGCCUACUCGCCGAUCUCCCGGCAGCCAUAAACUCCCUCGCCGUCGACGCAGCCGAGCUCACGCCCACCGUUGCCGGCGGCCUCCUGAUCAACCGCGCCGCCGUUCCGGGGCUGAAAGUCCUCCUGACCAUCGGCGAGAUGCUCACACGCCCGGUGAUAUCCUCAUUCGGCGGCGGAGUGCUGCACGGAAUGUACGGGCCUACCGAAGCCGCAAUCCACUGCACCGUUGCCACCGAUUUUGCCACUACGUCGAAGAUCGGUGAUAUCGGUGUGCCGUUGGAUACGGUGUCGGCGUUUGUCUUGGCCGCUGAGACUGAGGACGUCGAGGUCUUGCCGCUGGGAUGGAUGGGCGAGCUGGCGGUUGGGGGGUGGCAGCUCGCGGAUGGUUACCUUAACCGCCCGGAUCUCACGAGUGCGGCGUUUGUGAAUUGCUCCAGGUGGGGCAGGUUGUACCGGACUGGCGAUCGCGCUAGAAUCCUGCCGUCCGGCAGGAUCGAAUGUUUGGGCCGGAUCUCGGAGGGUCAGGUGAAGCUUCGUGGCCAACGGGUGGAGCUGGGCGAGGUCGAGGAGGUGAUUCUGAAGUCGCCAGACAUACAAAUGGCUAUUGCAUCGGUUGUUGAUGGAAGUUUGGUGGUGUAUGUUUCUGCGCCAGGUGAAGGCGCGGAUAAAAUGGCGGUCAAGCAGGUCUGCCGUCAGUGGCUGCCGGGAUUCAUGAUUCCUUCCGAUGUGGUCAUCUACGAGCACUUGCCGAGGCUGCCGAGUGGAAAGGUCGACCGGAAACGAUUGGACAAAGAGUACUCUGAGCGAAGCUCUAAAAAUUUGAAUGAUGAAGGGGAGGAGUCCUUGAGCGCGCCAGAGGAAGCCGUUGCUCGCACCGUGGAGAUGCUACUGGGCCGACGUCCUCGAAGAGAAGAUAGUCUAGUGUCCCUAGGCCUCGACUCAAUGCAAGCAAUCCGUCUCGCCUCGCGUCUUCGGGCUUCCGGGCUCGGGGUAGAAGUAGUGGACAUUGUGAAACUGGAUACAGUUACGGGUAUCGCCUCCAGAGCUGUUCCUCUUAGUGGCUCGGACUCUUCCGUCCGCAGUGAGCGUUACGGCGCCGUCCACGAAGCCGGUCUCAUUGAGGUACCGAUUUCUCUGCGGGACGACGUCGAGGAUAUAAUCCCGUGCACGUCAUUGCAGGAGUCGAUGAUCGCGGAGACAGCAAAGAAUGCAAGUGCAUACUGCAACUGGAUACUCCUUGAGCUGCUGUUUACCACGCCAGCGGUUGUCGUCGAGGCGGCGUUUAGGGCCAUAGUCGAGCGGCAUGAGAUCCUGCGGACGGGGUUUGUUGGCAUUAACGGUGGAUUUGCCCAGGUGGUUUGGAAAACGGCGCGGAAGGGUCAGUUCGGAUUGGCAGAUGCCAUGGAGUUGAAUUGGGAGGUAUCGCUCGGCGACUUAUUGGAGCCGCCCUUCUCGGCUGCCUUGAUGAUCGGCGCGAAUGGAGAUAAGAAGCUGGGCAUCCGAAUCCAUCAUGCGCUGUACGAUGGGUGGUCUUGGGAUCACAUCAUGUCUGAUUUCCAGCGACUUCUGGCGGGCCAGCAACUAGCACCGGGCCCUAGACCGCAGUACCGAAAUGUCGUCGACUGGGAAUUAUCCCGCUCCGAUGAAUCUAUUCGGUUAGCUCAACAGUUCUGGAAGUCCAAACUCGAUGGCGCUAGCGAGACAAGAUUGCCCAGCUUCCAUGGCCACUCUUCUGUCCAACCCGGCGUCUCAGUUCAAGGGUUGAAUUCUACUGUCUCUCUCUCACAACUUGAACACUCGGCUAGAAGCACUGGUGUCUCGGCACAAGCCUUUGUCCAAAGCGCCUGGGCAUGUAUCCUGAGCUCUUACGUCGGCAAUGAAGACGUCGUUUUUGGUACCGUGACCUCGGGCAGGACCAUCCCCGUCGACGGGAUUGAGGACAUCAUCGGGCCGACGAUACUUACACUUCCUAUUAGAGUUAAUACUACGCUCCGGAAGGAUGUGCGAACACUACUGCGGGAGGUCCAGGAGUUCAAUGUGGGUGUCAUGGAGCAUCCGGAACUGGGCCUCAGGGAGGUGAGGAAGGUGUGUGGAUCUGAUGGAUGGUUUGAUUCUUUGAUCGCCUGGCAGCAAAAUGCAACAGAGCGGCAGGGGGGCGGAUUGAGGAUGGUUGAGAGUAAGGAUAAACUCGAGUUUUCGUUGUUGAUUGAAGUUGAGCCUACCGAUAAUAAUAUCCUGCUUCGGGCUACAUACAAGGACGAGAUCUUCCCGGCUGAGCAGGUUUCAUUAUUGCUACAGCAAAUGGACUGCUUCAUCCGCGGCAUGGUUACGCACCCAGACCGAUCAGUGAAGGCUCUUAUCGCAGACCUACCGCUCAAUGGCCGAGUUCUCUCCAUCGCCAAUCCUUACCCAACCUUAACCCCGCAGCCCUCGACGCGGACACUCAGCACAAUGUUUGAAGAAUCCACCGCACGCCACUCCUCAGCUCUUGCACUCGAGAUGGUAUCCGAUAUUCUUGACGGCCGGGCAACAACAAAGACGUUGACCUACUCUGAACUCAACUCGGCUGCAAAUAAACUUGCGCGAGAAUUGGUUCUUCGGGGGACCCUGCCGGAUGAACUUGUAGCGAUCUGUAUGGAGAAAUCUAUCAACUGCUAUUUUUCGAUCCUGGCAACGGUGAAAGCUGGGGCUGGGUACCUUCCAUUGACGCCAGAGACGCCAGUGGAGCGCGUCAGGCAGAUUUUAAAAAAUGCAGAGACGAAGAUCCUUCUGGCGACCAGGGAUGUUAUCGAGAGGCUUGGGCCGAUGGAAGGAUUAAAUAUGGUUGAUAUCGAUACCUUGAACCUAUCAGCCCACAGUUCCGAGAACUUAGGGAUCGAGACAUCCUCGAAGACCCUAGCGUACGCAGUCUUUACCUCCGGCAGCACUGGAGUACCCAAGGGAGUGCUUGUGGAACACGAGCAAGCGGUCAGCAACCUCGACGUGCUCGCGGAAAUUUACCCCACAGCAGUCGGUAAGCGCAUGCUCCAAUUCUGCAAUAUCGCCUUCGAUGUUUCCGUCUUCGAGAUAUUCUUCGCAUGGCACAGGGGAAUGGUGCUUUGCUCCGCGACCAAGGACGUGUUGUUGCGUGACAUGGAGACCGCCGUGAACGCUAUGCAAGUGACCCACCUCUCCAUGACACCCACCGUUGCCGCACUCCUGAAGCCAGAUAAUGUCCCGAGUGUCGAGUUUUUGGUUACAUCGGGCGAGGCGGUGACGAAAAAGGUGUUCUACGAGUGGGCCGGCCGCGGCCUGUACCAGGGUUACGGACCAAGCGAAACAACGAACGUCUGCACUGCCAACCCGCGGGUUCAGAGGACCCACGACAUCUCCAACAUUGGCCCUCCGUUCGUUAACACUUCCACCUUCGUCGUUGCCGCGGACCAGGAAGAUCUUCUGUUGCUUCCCCGCGGGGCAGUGGGAGAACUCGCAUUCGGCGGUGAACAGGUGUGUCGUGGAUACCUCAAGAUGGAGGAGCUCACCGUGGCGAAGUUCGUCACCCAUCCGGAGUUUGGGAGGGUUUAUCGCAGCGGCGAUAUGGGAAGGUUGCUAUCAAGCGACGAGAUCGUGUUUGUGGCUAGAAAGGAUGAUCAAGUCAAGAUUCGCGGGAAUAGGAUCGAGUUGGGGGAGAUCAAUUCGGUGCUCCUUAGGGAUACGGAUGCGAUAAGUGAUGCGGUCACAUUAGUGGUCGCGAAGGAUGGCGGGCCAAUGCUGGUGGCGUUUGUUGUGCCGGAUGAACACAAGAGGACUGAGUUUGAGGUUGUGGGCGGCGACAAGGUUAAAGGUACCAUCACGACGCUCUUUCAGCGCCUCGUGGCGUUUGUGCCCGCGUACAUGGUUCCUACCGCCAUUGUAUCGGUGUCGACAAUCCCUAUGACGGUUCAGGGGAAGACGGACAAGAAGCUUCUUGAGCGAACGUUUAUGGAGCUGGAUGGGGCGCUGCUGGAUACGUUUUCGGCCAGUGGCGGUGAUGCCACGGGUGAUUGGACCGAAGCUGAACGCGCUAUUGCGGACAUCAUUGCCCAGGUCUCCCAUGCGGAGAUCAACACCGUCGGCCGGCAUACCUCAAUAUUCACUCUGGGGCUGGAUUCGAUCUCUGCGAUAACUUUGUCCAGAAAAUUUCAAAGUGCCGGGUUCGAACGACUGGAUGUCACCAAGAUCAUGAUGAACCACACCGUUUCUGCGUUGGCGAGGGUCCUGGGACAAGAGCAGGGACGGCGCGAUGUCCCCAAUAGUGAGCACUCGGGCGCCGCGGCUCUAGAGGAAUUCUCCACUUCGGUACGAGAAGAGGUGCUGGGCCAGCUGUCCUAUCCUACAGACCAGAUCGUCAAAAUCCUCCCUUGCACUCCACUGCAGGAAUCAACACUGAGUAUCAAGAAGGACGCGGAUCCACGAGACUACUAUAACCACACCGUUCUGAGCCUAAACGCCGAUCCGAGGAGAUUGGAGGAGGCGUGGAACAUUGUGGCGGAAGCACACGAGAUACUAAGGACUUGCUUUGCACUGACGAUUCACCACAAACAUGCAUUCGCGCAGAUUGUGGUCAGGGAGCACCCAGUUGCGUGGUCGGAACGCAGUUAUUCCUCGGAUGAUGAUGUUGCGAUCGCGAUCGAAGACCAUAUUUCUGCCGUGGGAGAGUCGCUGGAUCUCACAAGGCCGCCAUAUACGUUUGGCGUGUUCAAAUCUCCUACCAAAUCCACGCUGGUGAUGUCAUUUCACCACUCACUCUAUGAUGGCUUCGCGAUGGAACUAUUGCUAGAGGACGUUCAGCGCGCUUACGCUAGGGCAGAACUGCCCGUGAGGGCACCCUUCGACUCAUAUCUGCAAUACAUGGAGAGCUUGGAUCUCCUCCGCGCAGACGAAUUCUGGAAGAAACAGCUGUCGGGCCUGCUGCCCAGUUCGUUUCCGGACCUGACUGGCGCGUCCAAUUCUGCGCGGAAACAGCUCGAGGGGAUGGCAUCGCGGCGGGUUUCGUGUUCCCGGGAUUUGGCGACGAUCAACAGUGCUUGCAGAGGCUUCUCCGCCUCCUUGCUAUCCCUGGGUCAAAGCACAUGGGCGCGCUUGCUCGCGGCGUACACUGGUGACGCAGAUAUCUGCUUCGGCACUGUGGUCAGCGGUCGCACGAUCCCCGUGGAUGGCGUCGAAUCGAUUGUCGCUCCGUGCUUCAAUACGGUGCCGGUGAGAGUGCAGGUCACUGGAGGCGCCACUACGAGAGAGGUUAUGAUGGAGCUACAGGAUGGGAAUGCGAAUUCCAUGGCGUUCCAAUUGACACCGUUGAGAAGGAUCAUGAACGCCCUGGGAACGGAGGGGGGACGGUUGUUUGAUACGCUGUUUAUUCUGCAGCGGGGGCGGGAGAGCAUUGCGGACAUGUGGGAAGUGGUCGAGGAGAGGGGGAAGAUGGAUUUUUCCAUCGUGGCCGAGUUGGCGCCCAGUCCGGCGAAGAAUGAGUUGGAGAUUAUCAUGCACUACCGCCGCGAUAUGAUACUCGACGAACAUAUCGACGUACUACUACAGCAAUUUGAUCAGACCAUGAUAUCCGCCCUGGACAAUGCGGAGAGCAAGGCACUGGACUUUUCGUUCCUUCCUGCCUCCAUUAUCUCGCAAGCAAACCUUCGACCGAAUGUUCUCCAGUCAGCAGGAGGUGGUCUGCUCCAUUCGGAAUUUGAGCGUAACGCCCAAGAGCAGCCGGAUCGCAUUGCACUGCAAUAUCUAGAAGAUGGUGGUUCCCUCACUAGCCUUACGUUCGGGCAACUCAACGAUCGGGCAAAUUUCAUUGCGAACCACAUUCUUUCACUCGACGUUUCCCGAGAGGAAGCAAUUCCGCUAAGCAUUCCCAAAUCCCCUUUGUACUACAUCUGUGUUUUGGCUGUGCUGAAAGCAGGCUGUGCGUUUACCCCUAUUGACCACAGUUUGCCGGUGAAGAGGCGGGAGUUCAUGAUUACCGAACUGCAGGCGAGAAUCGUCCUUGGUGUGGCCAACGAUCUCGUGGGCGUCCAGAUCGUCGAUGUUGAACAGCUUCUAUCCAGCUACGAUGCCUCUAUUGGCACUUCCAAUCCCGUCAUACCGGAUUUGACGCCCCGUUCCCUUGCCUACCGAAUCUACACCUCCGGCUCAACCGGCUUGCCAAAAGCCGUCUCAAUCGAACACCAUAAUGCAGUUCAGACAUUCCUCGCCUCAAAGCAUCUCAUCCGCUGGGAGCCCUCAUCACGGCUGCUCCAGUUCGCCGCCACAACAUUCGAUAUGUGCUACUACGACAUUUUCAUGGCGUGGAGCUACGGGUUCACGCUGUGCUCUGCAGCACCAAAGUAUCUUCUUGGCGAGUUAGCGGCGACCAUACAGCGACUGCAGAUAACGAUGUUGGAUUUGACACCGACGGUGGCGUGCACGCUUUCCGCGGGUGAUCUCCCCGAUGUGGAGCUUCUCUACUGCAUCGGCGAAGCCAUGCCCCAGAAAUUGGCGGAUGAGUGGGAAGGCCGCUGCGUCAACUCGUAUGGCCCCACCGAGGCGGCGAUGUGCUGUACCAUAACCCCGGUGUCGCGCAAAAUCAAAGCGAGCAAUAUUGGGCGACCGUUCGAGACAACGAUGUUCGUAGUUCUACACCGUAGCGGAACGGGGACGAUCCCGCUCUUUGGCAGCGGCGAGCUCUGUAUAGGCGGCCCCCAGGUUGCUAGGGAGUAUCACAACAAUCCCUCGCUCACUAGCACUCGGUUUAUCAACUUCCGCGGAGAGACACUCUACCGCACCGGAGACAUCGUCCGCCAGCUUGCCGACGGCACUUUCGAGUUUAUCGGCCGCGCGGACGAUCAAAUUAAGAUCCGCGGGCUCCGUGUGGAGCUGGACGAGAUCAAUGCGGUCUUGGGCCGCCACGAGAGCGUCAAGGAUGUUGCUACGCUCGUGCUGAGGCACGGUGCGGAGGGCAAGGAGCAGUUGGUAGCGUUUCUUGCGAUGGGCGGGAGGAAGCAGCACGGCAGCGCCCCGCCGGUGGUGCAGGCGGCCUGCGAAGAGCUGGUCGCUGAGGUACGGAAGUACGCGCAGUCGAUGCUGCCCCGCUACAUGAUCCCCACCGUCAUCCUGGUCGUCGCCCACAUCCCGCUCUCGGCCGCGGGGAAGAUCGAUAAGCGAGCGCUGGGGGAGCUGUUUCAUGCGCAAGACAUCGCAGCGUUUUCGCACUCGCAUGAUCGGGAGAGUGAGGUUUGGUCGGAGAAGGAAUUGAAGAUCCGGAUGGUGUUGGCACACAUCUCUAAGGUACCCGAGGAGCAGAUCGGUAAGGCCACGACGAUAUAUGAAAUCGGCCUGGAUAGCAUCAGCACCGCGCAGGUUGCGAGGGGACUUGCGAGGGCGGGUUUGAAGGUUGAAGUGUUGGAUAUUCUGGAGCGUCCUUCGAUUGAGCUACUGGCCGAUGUGGUCUUGGAUAAGACUGGAGAAACCGAAAUCAAUAAGAAAUCCGGCCUCGUUCAUGAUUUCCAGAGCAAAUUCCUACCGAUUAUCUUAGCCGAACGAAGUCUCGAUACUGCUACCGUAGCCGGCGUCUUUCCAUGCACAGCAGUGCAGGAGGGCAUGCUCUCGCAAUUCCUUAGGUCACAUGGCGAGCUAUACUUCAACCAUACCCUGAUGAAGCUCCCCAUCGACUGCGAUGAGAAAAAGCUCAGGGCUGCUUGGAACUCGGUUUUCAUGGCUUGCGAUAUCCUCCGUUCUGGGUUUGUGGAGGUCGAUGAUGAUGUGCAUACCUUUGCUGCCGUUACGUACCAACGAGGGAGCAUUGAGUUGCCGUGGCAUAGCGUCGAGAGCGUGGCUGAUGUGCAUGUCUUCGUUGAGAAGGAGAAGAAGGCUGCCGGAGAAGCGGUGGUGAAGAGCCUUCAACUUCCACCCUGGCAGUUGCUAUUCUUCAAUUCGGUCUCGGCCGGAAGCUACCUCCUUUUCUCGGGCCACCAUGCGCUUUAUGAUGCAACCUCCCUUCAGAUCAUAUUCGGGAAUGUAUCAGCAGGCUACAAUGGCAGCGAGGUGUCUGAGAAUCUACAUUUCCUUCCCACCCUGGAAACUAUACUCGCCCAUUCCCUUGACCCAUCGACAGUCGAAAAGGAUCGCAUUUUCUGGCAGAAACAACUAGAGGGGAGCAGUAUUACCCGUCUUCCCAAUCUAUGCCCCCUUCGGAACACGGCUACAACCUAUCACAUCAGAGAACUUUCCAUUUCCACGAAAUUAUCCUCCCUCGAGGCUACCUGCCAGACUCUCGGCAUAACGCUUCACUCCGCCGGGCAAGCAGCAUGGGCACGGGUACUAUCCGCCUACACCGGCGAAGCCGCACCCACGGUCGGCGUGGUUCUCUCUGGCCGUACCGGUCUGUCCGCUGAUGGCGCCGUCUUCCCUUGCCUGGUCACAAUCCCAUCACUCUGCAACCUGCAAGACAAGAGCAACCUCCAACUAGCACGCGAAAUUCAGGCGUUCAACAUGCGGUCACUGAAGCAUCAAUACGCCCCGCUCAAAUCGCUACAGCGAUGGCUUGAGCACCCAGAGGAGAGCUUCUUCGACUCCAUCUUUGUGUACCAAAAGACCGAGGAGGAUGAGAAUGAGUUGCCAUGGGAAGUUGUCGCCGAGGAUGCGGCGGUGGAUUAUACUUUUUCCCUUGAGAUCGAGCCGAAGUUGAAGGAGGACCACUUGCUCAUACGGGCGACUGCAAGGGAUUCACAUAUCCCGAUGCAACAAACAAAGUUGUUGAUAAGGCAGUUUGAAGAGGUACUGUUGGAUCUUCUGAGAAAUCCUGAAGGCUCAUCUACGGAUCAUUCGUACAUGUCGACCGAGUUGCUUUCCAUCACCCCCGCCAAGGUUGCGGAAAUCCCGGGUGAGGUAUCACUCCUCCAUGACUUUGUCCAGCGCUGGGCAUCCGACCAUCCUAACGAUCCAGCACUGGAAUUCGUAACCUCAAUCGACGACUCCUCCAUCGCAAAGCAAACAUGGACAUACAGCGAGUUCGACUGUCAAGGGAAUAAAAUUGCCAACCUCAUCGUCUCCAUGGGCAUAGCUGCAGGAUCCAUCAUCGGAAUCUGCUUCGACAAGUCUCCUGCGGCGUCAUUCGCAAUCCUGGGAAUCUUGAAAGCGGGUUGUGCGUAUGUCGCCAUAGACCCUACUGCUCCAAUAGAUCGGAAGGCGUACAUAGUGAAGGACUCGAACGCGGCGGCGGUAUUCACCCUGGACAUCUACCGCUCCGAGCUACAAAAUGCCAUGGGGGUUCCAGUUGUCUCUGCCGAUAGUGAUUCCCGCAUAGCGGCGAUAUCUUCUUCCGCUCCCUUGGUUUCCGAGGUCACUGGGGAGAGCUUAUGUUACUGCCUUUACACCUCCGGCACGACGGGCCUUCCCAAGGGCUGUCUCCUCACACACACAAACGCGGUACAGGCUAUGUACGCCUUUCAGCGUCUCUUCACACCACAUUGGGACAGCUCUUCGCGAUGGCUACAGUUUGCAAGCUUCCAUUUCGACGUGAGUGUGCUGGAGCAGUUCUGGAGCUGGAGCGUGGGGAUAUGUGUGGUAUCGGCGCCAAGAGAUGUGAUCUUUCAGGAUCUACCGGGGACGAUAAAGAGGUUGCGGAUUACGCAUUUGGAUUUGACCCCCAGUCUGGCGGGGCUGCUCAGGCCGGAGGAGUGUCCGGAGCUCUGUAGGGGCGUGUUUAUCACUGGGGGUGAGGCGUUGAAGCAGGAUAUUCUGGAUGUGUGGGGUGAGACUGGCGUGAUUUACAAUGGCUACGGCCCCACGGAAGUAACAAUCGGAAUGACCAUGUACCCUCGCGUCCCGGCGAAUGGCAAGCCCUCCAACAUCGGUCCGCAGUUCGACAACGUCGGCACAUAUGUCCUCCAGCCAGGCACAUUUACUCCUGUACCCCGCGGUGCCGUCGGUGAGCUGUGUGCAUCCGGCAAACUCGUCGGCCGCGGCUACCUCAACUGCCCGGAGCUCACAGAGAAGGCCUUCCCGAUGCUCGGUGGCGAGAAGAUAUACCGCACUGGAGACUUGGUGCGGAUUCUGCAUGAUGGCUGCUUCGAUUUUCAGGGGAGGAAAGAUGAUCAGGUGAAGCUGAGAGGCCAGAGAUUGGAGAUUGGGGAGAUCAAUGAGGUCGUCAAGAAGGCGGAUCAGUCGGUCGAGGUAGUGGCGACACUCGUGCUGAAGCAUCCGAAGCAGCAGAAGGAUCAGCUGGUUUCGUUCUUUAUUGUACGAGGGCAGGAUGGGGCAACUGUGAAGCCAAUGAUCUGUUACGACGGAGACAGGGCCGCCUUGAUCUCGACGCUAGUGGAUGCCUGCAGGAAGAAGCUACCCACUUAUAUGGUCCCCACACACUUUCUGCCGCUGUCGCACAUGCCGCUGUCAAUCAACAACAAGGUAGACAACAAAGCCCUCAAGGCACUCUACCUAGACACCACACUCGAGACGCUGCAGCAGCUUGCCCGGAGGGGUGAAGAUGCUAAUGACAAUGCAUGGACGGACUCGGAGCGACGAUUGCGCACAGUGCUGGCCGAGAUGACAAAAUUGGAGACAUCGGAGAUCAAGCGCUCAUCCACCGUGUUCGAGCUUGGGUUAGACUCUGUCUCUGUCGUGGGACUCGCUCGACGCCUCAAAAGGAACGGAUUUGCAGCUGCCACGCCGUCGCUAAUAAUGCAGAAUCCAUCCGUCUCUCAAAUUGCCGGUGCACUAUCUCAGGCCGGUGGUGCUGGGGCAGAUGGUGAAUUCGCUAGGCUCGAGGCAACUAAACAACGGAUCGCUGCAUUCGCGAACAAAAAUUCGUUUGGCAUCACUGAGCGGCUGAAGCUGCAGUCAGAGGACAUUGAACGUGUCAUGCCCUGUACGCCCCUCCAGGAGGGGAUGAUUGCGAGGUUCCUGGAUUCAGGGACGUCGCUUUACUAUAAUUCGUUUCCUAUGGUGCUGGGCGCGCAAACGGACUUGGGGAAGCUCCAUGAAGCGUGGAAGGCCGUUGUCAAGACCACCGAUAUCCUGCGGACCUGCUUCUGUGAGACUCCCGAUGGGUACGCCCAGAUCGUCCUCAAGCAGCCGUCGCUCAACUGGGAAGAAACUACCAUCCAGACGGAAGAUUUCCAGGAUGCGGCGAGUAACGGCCUCAUGAUGAGCUUUGCGCGGAACAGGACUCUCUACUUGCCUCCGUUCUCGAUUCAGUGUAUCCGCACUCCCACGAGAUGUGUCAUCUCCCUCAAUAUCUUCCACGCACUCUACGAUGGAAACAGUCUUCCGCUGAUCCUGGAGGAUGUUCGGAGCUUGUAUCUCGGAACAUUCACUCCGAGAUCAUCACAGUUCACGGAUGUAAUCGCACAUAUACUGAGCAUCGAUCUUGGAACUGCUCGAGAGUUCUGGAAGGAGCAUGUUAAGCCCUCGAAACCACUGGACCUCGAUCAACUCCGAGGCAAGGUGGGUAAGCAGACGUCAAUGGACCACACAGAGGAGUUGACACUCAAUCUCGGCACCGAUGGACUAGAUAAGCUGUGUGGACAGAUUCAAUGCACACCCCAGUCGAUCUUCCAAGCCGCCUGGGCCUCCGCGCUGUCGCCAUAUUGCGGGCCAGCCGUUACCCUGGGUCUCGUGGUUUCGGGCCGCAGCCUCCCGCUCGACAACAUCGAGGGCGUGAUCGGGCCUACGUUCAAUACUAUCCCGGCGACUUUCGAUGUCGCGGGUGCAACCUCGUGGAAUGCUCUCAUAGGCGCCAUUCAUAGGUUCAAUUCGACAUCUAUGCCGUACCAUCACACGCCGUUGAGGUUGAUACAGAAGUGGAUGAGGAGAACUAAGGAACCGCUGUUCGAGACGCUGUUUGUGUACCAGAAGGAUACUGGCAGCGACGAGGAGGAGGAGGAGCUCUGGGAGAUUGUACCGGGAAAGACAAUGGCGGAUUAUCUACUGGCCCUGGAAGCAGUCCAGAGUGCCAAAGGAAUAGUUAAGUUGACAGUAGUUGCCAAAGCGGAGUUGGCUCAGGAAAAUGUGGUGGGGCUUCUGCAGAGCGUUGCCGAAAACCUUCGGAACAUACUAGCAGACCCUGAACGGAACCCAUUGACUACUACUCCAUCUCCAAAUGGAACACAAGAAGACGCCGACCAUGUGGGUCACAGCGGACCAGAUUCCGGGGAAGAGAUUUUUGAGUGGAGCGCACAAGCAAAAGUCAUGCGCAAAAUCAUCAGCGGGCUAGCAGAAGUUGCCGAGUCCGAGGUUUCCGCCGAUUCGUCUAUUCUCGAGCUCGGUCUCGACAGUAUCGAAGCCAUCAAGCUGUCCUCGCGACUCCGUCAGGAAGGGAUCGAGAUAUCCGUUAGCAACAUUAUGCGCAAUGCAACAAUCAGGAAGAUGCUCAAGAGUCUUGAUGAUGUUGCUGCAGCUGGUCCUUCCGCAAGCACGAAUACGCUUGCAGAGUUUGAGCGCGCCGUGAGGCGGAAGAUGCCAGGCCUCGGUGCCGGUUCUGUCGUGUACCCUACAACACCAUUACAGGAAGCGAUGAUCGCCGAGACGCUGGCUUCGGGAUAUACUCGCUACUUCAAUCAUGAUGUUCUGAAGCUCGAGGAAUGGGUGGAUAUCAACCGUCUCGAGGCUGCCUGGUCGGCUGCAACAAAGAGCAAUGACAUACUGCGCACAUCCUUCAUUUCCACGGAAGGCUCAGAUGUUCGUCAAGCCUACGCCCAGGUUGUCCACGCAUCUGCAGAUUUCUCUUGUCAUUGGGAGGAGCUUCGAGUGCCGACUGAAGACUGCGUGCAAAAAGCAAUCGAUGCCACCAUGGACCGAGUGACGGGCAGUGCAGACUUGCUAGCUGAACCUCCAGUCUAUGUCACCAUUCUGAAAGCGCCGGAAUCUGCGCACAUGGUGCUCUCGAUGUCGCACGCACUGUAUGACGGCUGGUCCGUUGGACUUCUCCACGAAGACCUAAGACGGGCGUACUUUCACGCCGAUAUCUCUCGACCUUCCCCGCGAUUGAUGAUUGAAAAGAUCGUUGACACGAAUCUCGAGGAGUCAAAGCGAUUCUGGAGCCAAAAGCUAUAUGGCGCAAUCCCCUCAUCUUUGCCGACCUCGGCGUUCUCGCCAACCGCACAGACAAAGCGUGCAGAAAAGAUCUCUUCCGUUUCCUUGACCGAAGCCCGCGCCUUCUGUAAGCAAAUCGGAGCCACCCUACAAGCACUCGGUCAGACAUGCUGGGCACUCAUGCUAGCCUACUAUCUCGGCGAGACAGACGUGGUCUUUGGGAGUGUGCUCUCCGGCCGAGACUAUGAUGGUGCAGAUGAGGUCAUGUUUCCGGCUAUGAACACGGCGCCUGUACGCACGAUCCUUCACGGCUCGUAUGCAGACUUGCUGGCAUAUGUGCAAGAGAAUGGAGCGGAGACGCUGAGACACCAACAUACCCCGCUAAGGGAGAUUCAGCGGCUGGUUAGGGGUGAAGGGGCGAGGCUGUUUGAUACUCUCUUUUUGUCUCAGCGGUCGCAGGAGUCCGGUGAUGGCGGGGAGAGCCUGUAUAGGUCUGUUGGAGGGUCAUCCGACGUCGAAUACAACAUCGCAGUGGAGAUGGAGCGCAGCGGCGACACCAUCACGUGGCGCAGUGCGUGCAAGUCCGUGUCCGAGGAGGGAAGUUAUCUCCUUGAGCUCCUGGACUCCCUACUCGCGCACGUCGUCCAAAAUCCAGAGCAUCCGGUGAUCACCUAUGCCGAAAACGGCCUGGUCUUUGGAAACCUCCCGGUUGUGCCGCGACGAUCACAGCCAGUGUUGAAUGGAAUGAGGGUUGAUCUGGAUGAGGUUGCCGAUUCCCUUAGGGAUGCGUCUUCGGAGGUGGAUGAGUGCGCGGUUAUUGUGGCUAGUGACGCAGGAAGGGAUGUGCUUGUGGCUUUUCUGGCUGGUAGCCAAGCUGCCAGCGCGAUUCCGAAGGUGAUUUCUGCUGCGAAUAAGGUACUACCUUACUGGUCUGUUCCUUCAUAUGCCGUCGCCACCGAUAGCAUACCUUUUGCCGGCCCCAAGGUCGACAGAGAAGCGUUGCACGUCAGGUUCGAGGCCUUGGCAAACAGGCAGCAGUACGCAAUCGAACAGCAGACCGGCGAAUGGUCCCUUCUGGAACGCAAAAUCCGGACUGUUCUCUCGAAAGUCUCCGGUCUUCCCGAGGAUGAAAUACAGCGCACACAGACAAUAUUCCAUCUCGGUCUCGACUCAAUCAGUGCCAUCCGGCUGGCAUCGGACUUGCGCAAGGAAAAUAUCCGCUUGAACGUCGCCGACAUCCUCCGGGAAGCUACCAUCGAACGUAUGGCAACUUCCCUUUCAGAAGUGAAAACCAAUGGAACAGCUGCCGCGCCGUCAAUUGACUCUACGGCUGUUAUCAGAAAGUCUCUAGCGGAACUUGACAUGUUUAAAUGUCUCCACGAUAUCCCGCCAGCUCAAAUUGAGGCGGUCUAUCCCGCCACAGCUGGACAGCUUUACAUGCUGGAGGCAUGGGAAAGUUCCAAUCGUACCAUCUUCAUGCCGACAUUUACCUUCAGGACUGCGCGGAUAAACCACUCGCAGAUACGGCACGCCUGGAAGGUACUGGUGGAACAGGAAGCGAUUCUUCGCACGAUAUUCCGCCCCACCGGAAACGAGGAAGUACCCUUCGUCCAGGUUGUACUUAGGGCACCUCCGCCAGACUUUGAUUGGUCAGAGACGUCACAGCCACUGGAUCCCGUGUUCUUGCGUUUCAUCAAAGCACGUGAGCAGAAGAAAGUCCCCGACAUGAACCUGCCGGCGGUGAGACUUUACUACAACAACACGCCUACGGAAACGAUUCUGUUCUUGACGAUUCACCACGCACUCUACGACGGAGUCAGUCUCCCGAUGCUUCUCACACGGCUGGGUUCGCUACUGAAACAGCGUCCUGGGGAAACACGCAUGCAGACGCCGGAACCGGAGGGCCCCAAGUUUCUGCAGUACGUCGCCCUGACCCAAAUCCAGAACACCAACAAGCAGCGCGAGUUCUGGACCGAGUAUCUCCACGGUGCGAAAUCGACAUUAGUGCAGAAGCGCCGCACCGCGCAGACAACCAGCCGCUCAUCGGUCUACCGCCCCGGCGCAAUCCGCAACGCCUCCAGCGUGGAGCUCUACUGUCGUAAAGAGGGCAUUUCCGUCCACGCCGUGUUUCUUGCCGCAUUCGCACGGGUCUUGUCCCAGCGCAUAGGCGCAGCCGACGAAAUCAUAAUCGGAGUUUAUUUCGCGAACCGGAACAUUUUCGGCCCCGAGCUUUCGGGCAUGGCGUCGCCAACUCUCAAUAUCGUUCCCCUCCGAGUUCGUGGACUUGCGACGUCGAGCCUCACCGACCUGGUGAGAAAUAUCCAAAUGGACCUCAUCGCUAUCGGGAACGUGCAAAAUGCAGUUGUGGAUCUGAAGCGCAUACAGAGGUGGACGGGCGUGGAGGUGGAUGUGUUUUUCAACUUUUUGAAGACGCACGAUCACGAGGGAAUGAGCAGUGCUUCCGCAGGAGGGGGAGGAGUUGUGCUCGAGGAGCUAGAGAUCGAGGAGGAGGAAGAGGAAGUGGGAAGUGAGGUGCAGAUAAGGGGGCGCCCGGGAGCGGUGAUGAGAAUGUAUCAGUCCUUCCUGCACGACUUUCUGGGGCGAUUCUUUGCGGCGGCGGUGGCGCUGAAGGUGGUGAGGUACUGGUGGUGGGUUUUGGGACUACGGUCCAAGCUGCGGAGGAGGAGGAGCAUGACGAGUAGCAGCGUUUCCACAAACAUCAGGACGAAUCUGGACUUUGAAGUCGCAGUUCGCAACGGCAGUGUCGACGUGGGUGCAUUUUCUUGCGUAGCGGGUGCAUGCGAUGGCUUGGUGGAGGAAGUUGUGGGUGUGGUGCGAGGACUUGGCAGGGCUAUUCGGUGAUUUGUUUUCGGUUUUCUAUUUGUUCUUGCAUUUUUGUUUCGGAGGUUUGGAUUGGGGGAUGAACUGUGCCUACAGGCUACCAUGGACUAGCAUGGGAUGUCACUCGAUCAAUCGCAUAAUGGAGUCGAUUGAUCAUGAUGAAUAGGCCCUGCUCGUCAUUCUUGCACGCCGUGCGUCUACAUACCUUUUCGUUUGUGCAGCUACUGGCUAGUGGGUUCUUCCGUGCCAUUAAUAGUAGACUCAGGACCCAGGAGCGGCAGAUGCAGCUCAUCGAGCAAUAAUGGUC